AUGUCGCUGAUACAGCUGUCGCGACUGAUUGACCUACCGGACUCGGACCUACAGCAAGUCCUUGACUACGCCCAAACGCUCUCCAAACCGGCAGCAGCAGAACACUUCAAAAAUCUACUAGGGGACUCGCCACAAGCGAUUGAGUUCAUCUCCAGCUUCAACUCGCGCCGCAAGGACCCCAAAGCCCCAGCGGCAUUUUCAUCGUCGACCGCGUCCCAAUCGCAAAGCUACGCAAGUGCUGGUGGAAUCGACGCCGUUCCCAAGCCCCAGCGCACAACAAAGCAGAAGAAGCAGCGCGCGCUACACACCCCAGCUCCGCGACAGGUCAUCAAUCUUGGGCCCACUCCCGGCACUACAUACAGCAAGAAGAACGUUGAGGACGAUUACAUCUCGACUCGGUCCUCAUCCGGCACUGCUAGCCCUGCCCCGAGACCUGGACCCGCGAGGCAGCCCCCAGUAAAAUCUGCAACUCCCCCACCGCCAAAGCCACCACCGUCUGCUGCGGGGUCGCUCAUAUCCGAUUUGCUUCCAGUCCCGAAGCAGCAAAAGGCAAGAUCGACACCAGGCAGCCGGUCGUCGACGCCCGGGCCGGCUCCCAAGGCAGGAAAUGCUACCAAGGUAUCUAUAGCAGGUGGGACGCCUAUGCAUGGCGCGUCAACGGCCGUCGCCGACCUUGAUGCUGCGAUACGUGCGCUCGAGAUCAGCACCAAUCCUACCAAGUCAGGCAGCAGUACCAGCGAGGAUAUUGAAGCCCGACGAUGCAACUGCGUCGCCACGAGGCAUCCGCUUCAGGGCGCGGCGCCAAACUGCCUCAGCUGCGGGAAAGUCAUUUGCUUGAAGGAGGGGCUUGGACCUUGCACGUUCUGCGGUGCGCCGUUGCUGUCGUCGGGUGAGGUUCAGGCCAUGAUCAGGGAGCUGAGAGAUGAGCUGGGCAAGGAGAAGCAGGCCGCAAAUCGGGCGGCCAACAAAAAAGCCGAGGUAUCGACCACUCCAAGGCCAUUCUCAAAACCCAGAGAGGCGUUUGGCCCGCGGCCAGGAGAGGAUCCGUCGGCGGCAAUAUCAGCCGCCGAAGCAAAAGCGAGGGAGCAUCGCGAUAAGCUACUAAACUUCCAGGCUCAAAACGCGCGACGGACCACGGUUCGUGACGAGGCCAGCGAUUUUGAUGUUUCAAUGACGGGUAGCAUGUGGGCAAGUCCUGAAGAUCGAGCCAGGGAGCUCAAGAGACAGCAGAAGCUGAUGCGUGAGAUGGAAUGGAACGCACGGCCCGACUAUGAGAAACGCAAGCAGGUUCUCAGUAUAGAUUUGGUAGGCGGCAAAAUCGUCAAGAAGAUGGUUGCUGCAGAGAGACCACCAAGUCCAGAUCCUGCAGAAGACGCCUCUGCGGUCCAGGAUUUCUCGGCGUUGGGAGAGUCGGACGGCAAUAGGGUCUCAGGGGGAGGAGCCUUCAGUAAGAAUCCUCUGCUGCAGGGUCUGAUCAAGCCAGUCUAUGAUCUCAAAGGCAAGGGGGCGGAACUGGAGGGAAGAAAAGACAGAAAGACCCGAUGGAGAAGGGUUCAGGAUGACCUUGACGACAACGAGAAUGCACUCCCGCUCCUGAAAGCGGCCUAUGACCGCGGUCUCAACACCUGGGACACCGCGAACGUCUACUCCAAUGGAGUCUCUGAGGAGAUUGUCGGCAAGGCGCUCAAGAAGUACAACAUCCCGCGAGAGAAGGUUGUCAUCAUGACAAAGUGUCGCUGGGCCGUCGGCGAGCAGCCAGAAGUCAGGCCUUUCUUCGUCCCUGAUGCGAUCGCCCUGUCCAAGGACUAUGUGAACCAGUACGGGCUGUCCAGGGCGGCCAUCUUCAACCAGGUCGAGGCCUCGCUGCGCCGCCUCGACACGGACUACAUUGACCUGCUGCAGAUUCACCGCUGGGACCCAAAGACGCCCAUCGAGGAGACGAUGAAGGCGCUUAAUGAUCUGGUCGAGUCGGGCAAAGUGCGGUAUAUCGGCGCCAGCUCAAUGUGGGCAACGCAAUUCGCUCGGAUGCAGUUCUGCGCCGAGCGCAACGGCUGGGCCAAGUUUGUGAGCAUGCAGAACCACUACAAUCUCCUCUACCGCGAGGAGGAGCGCGAGAUGAAUCGCUUCUGCGACGACACAGGCGUCGGGCUUAUCCCCUGGGCUCCGCUCUGCCGCGGGCACCUGGCCCGGCCGCCGUCCGAGUACGGGUCCACGGAGCGAAGCAAGAUGGAGAAGGAUCAGGAACAGAACCACACGGGCACGGUCGAGCCGGACCUGACCAUCAUAAAGCGCGUCAUGGAGACGGCCGAAAAGCGCGGCUGGAAAAUGAGCCAGGUGGCGCUGGCCUGGAUCAACGCCAAGGUCGCCAGUCCCAUCAUCGGGUUCAGCAGCGUCGAGCGGAUGGACGAGGCGAUUGGAGCCAGGGGCAAGGUGCUCACAGAGGAGGAGACCAAGUAUCUGGAGGAGCUAUACACGGCCAAGAACAUCUCGGGACACUCUUGA